UAAAUAAUGUUACUGACAGUUAUUUCUCUGCAUCUUCUGGACUUACCAACAGGUGCAUCAUGUGUAGAGCUGAAGCGCACCGCCUUUAUGCGAAAAAACCCAUAUUUGAUAAAUUGGGAGUUCAACUUUUUGCUGUUCUUCAUGAGCACAUAGAAGCAGAGGUUAAAGACUUCUGGCCUCGAUACUGGGGUGGUAUAGUAGUCUAUGACCAAGCCAUGCAAUUCUUUAAAGCUCUUGGAGGUGGAAAACUUCUCAAAGAAAAGUUUCUAUCAGGAUUUGUCUUAAAUCCUCGGGCCAUUGCAAAUUACAAGAGGGCAAAAGCUAUGGGAAUGGACCAUAAUUUUAGAGGAGAAGGUGAAAUUAAAGGUGGUCUAUUUAUUGUUGGCAGCGGAAAGACUGGAAUAGCUUACCAAUUUAUCGAGAGAAACUUUGGUGAUUGGGCACCUCUAGCUGAAGUGAUUGAGAUUUGCACUCAGUUGCAAGAAAGUAUCAUCUAGCUUCUCUAUCGAAUACUACAGCUGCUGUCCAUUAAGAGAUUUAUUCUAACCAACUUCUCAUCAACCUGAUGCAGAACCAACAGCAGAAUCAGAGGGAGGCCAUAAAUUCAUCAAAGGAAUAAGAACGAAGCGUGUUAUGUUCCAUGUGUAUUCCAAAAUUUAAGUUUAGUGAAUUUUUAUUCAAGACUCAAGAGUGCUUCUAGUUUUAGGAUUGCUUUUGUUGUAGUAUCCUGAGUUG